AUGGGCAAGGCAGCUCCCCCACCAGAAUACCGCGACGACCCAGACUCCGUCUCCCUGCACACCACGCCCGACGACUACACGUACGACGAUGCACCCGAGAUAUCUGACCUACCUGGCCUGCCUCCCUCGUACGCCGACAGCGAAGCCGACGCCGCCGCUCCACGAGCACCCAUUCGACACACGCCACCACCCACCACCCGCACUGACCAUGGCUCGCCGUCCUUCCGCAACGGCAAGCCUCAGGUAUGCUCGACGUCGACAUACAUGGACGCACGCUACGACAGCGACCCCGUCUUCCUCGAGGCCGCGCUCCACUCCUUCGCCGCGACCGCUCCAGUACCGUUGAUAUACAUCAUGGGCUCUCACAAAGAGACUACGAAGCGCGGCGACAAAAGGGAGACACACGACAUCACCGACUUCCGCAUCGUUCUCAACAUCUCCCCCUACCUGCACCCCAACUUUUCUGCUGCAGACACCUCGACCAUGAAUCUGGUCACCGCCUCCAACGGCGAGAAAACCCACCGCGGCACCAUCCUCAAGAAGCGCGCGCCCGGCGUCGUACAAGACAUCGAGCUCAGCACCCCAGCACCGACUCUGACAGAGUGGUGCCACCGCUUCUGCGCCUCGACAUCCGCGCUGCGCAUCUUCCGCCUGCGGAAGGCCGUCACAGGGCUCGACGAAACCCAUGUCCGCAACCGCUUCGAGGGGCUCAUCCGCAGCACAAACUACCGGGGCCACAUCAGCAUCACCUUCCCGGUGGAGGACGAAAACACCGACAUCUACACCUCGCACCGCGUCAACACGUGGCGCAACACAAAGUGGAUCUGCUGGCUCUUCUACCUGACCUUCCUGUGGCUGUUCACCUGGCCGCUGCUGUGGGCCACGACGAAGCGCUACGCCGUCGUGCGCGCAGAGUGGCCGUUCAGCAUCUCCGCCAACGGGCAGAAGGUCUACACCACCGUCUCCGAGGAGCAGUACCUUGACCGCUGGAGCACGGCCAUUCGACGACUCGCGCUGGACAGGUACCAGGGCGAGGCGAGCGAGGAGAUGAUGCGGGGCGUUAUCGAUCGUCCUGCUGAUCCGCCCAUGCCGGGAACAGUCAGUACAGGCCAUGCGGGCGUGCACAACGCGGUGGGGUUGCUAUCUCAGGGCUUCCAGGUCGCGAGGGCGCUGUCGAGUGGGAGUGGGAGCGGGCUAGUAGGGGGAGCGCAGGGCGGGUGGGGGCAUGAUAGUUAG